AUGGCAGGCAACUAUUAUUUUGAACAAUGGAAAAGGGUGCUUAAAAAUUUAGAAAGUGUAAUUUCUAUAGACAUUGAUAAUCAGAAGAAUAAAGCUCACGACAAAGAUAUAUGCGAUGCAUCUUUACGACUUUCUGGGGUAUUGGGCUCCUAUGUGUGUUGCUAUAAUGCCACUUUUGACUGUCUUCAGCAAAAUCUUCAAGUGCAGAAAACUGCUUAUAUGGAAAAUGUAGUAAAAGCUCUUCUUACAAGGAUUUUAGAAUUGAAAGAACAGCUACGGAAGCUCGAAAGAACUUGUUACGAAUAUCUUAGUGAAGGUUUAAUUGAAUAUAAACUAACGCCCUAUGAUGUGGAGUUAGAAAACAUUUAUUUUAAAAAUCAUCGCCCUCGAGACAUACAGCGUCUUGUUGAUGAUGCCUUACGGGAGGCGAAAGCCGUAGCACACAAAGAUUUAAUGGCCGAAGAAGUAGAAGAAUCUGUUGGUUUUGAAGAGGAAGAUAGGUGGUGGGAAACUGAUAAUGAACAAGUAGAAACAAAAUCAAAAGGAAUAAAUGUUGGCGCAAUUUACGCUGUUGAGAAAAAAAUGUCUCAAGAAACUUUAAAAAGGAAACAACUUUUGUCCCUAAUACAAGCUCAUGAAAAGUCGAGGCAAACUAUUCAAGAAUAUACACUAAGAAAUGAAAGGAGAUUACUCUGGGAGAAAGAAUUAAAAGGUACAUUAAAUCCACCUGCUCGGGUUGAACUCAGAGAACGAGCUUCUUUGCUCAUCCAAACAAUUAUAAGGAAAUAUUUCCACUUAAAGCGAAAAAAAGUCACAGAUUGUAAGCUUGAUCAACUUUUGGGAAUAAAUUACUGCAAGCAAAUAAAAGAUCUUAGAGACGUAAAAGAAGAAGAAAAUAAGAUUAAAUCAAAGACAUGCGAACUUAAGAAAAUGUACAAUAAUAAAUGGAAGCUAGAAUAUAAAGAAUUGAAGACAAAAUUCAUUAAGAAAAAAGAGGGUGAUAUAGCGGAUGACUUUCGAGAAUUCAUUAGAUGUUGGUUUAAGACAUGGUUCGAGGAAGUGCAAUUUUUCCACGCAAUACCGAAAGAAAAUCAAGGCGGAAUAACUAGAAUAAUAAAAAACGAAAUCUCUUCUCCUGCUGAAUGGCUGGACGAGUAUAAUGCUUAUUUAGAACAAAAGAAAGCUACAAAACAUAAAACUGCAACUCAAUUAAAAUAUGAAAAAUUAGAAGCGAAAAGAGAGGAAAUGGAAUUUAAAAGGGAGGCAAUGAAGAAAAAGAAGUUACAAAUCGAGCUUAUGAGGAAAUUAAUGAAAAAUCCUAACAUACAUCCAGGAUAUCAAUAUCCAGAGUCAAAGAAAAUUGAACACUUGAUAGAAGCCGUAGCGGUUUAUAAAAACAAAUGGUCUGAAUGGGAUGAUCUCAAUAUCGUAAAGGUUAAAAAAGGACAUAUAAGGGAAGUCGACUUCGAAGAAAUAUGUGCUACGGUAAAAGAAGAAAUUUGCAAUUCUGUCGAAAACGAUAUGAGGAAUCGCAUAAUACCGCCUGCUCUCGACGUACAGAGCCUUGCAUAUGUGCUGCAAGGGUACGCUAUAGGACAACUCAUUAAACAAUUGGACAAUUUUUUAACAGCGGAACGUAUAGUACAAAUAGCAACACAAGGAUUGUCUCCAACCGAGGUGUAUGACCAUUUCUUGCAAAACGAUGAAGCAAAAGUGGACUAUGAAAGAUAUCACAAAUGGAACUCUGAGAAGACGCACUGGGGCAAAGUUGAGAAAAAACAUCUAGAAGAACAACUCGAGUUUAGACAGAAUAUUGAACGGUGGAAAGAGAAAAUAGAAAAGCAAAAGAAGAAACAGUAA